AUGCGCGGGGCGGUGGAGGUGGAGGUGGAGGCGGCGGAGGGAGUGGGGGUGGCGGUGGAGGUGGUGGCGGGGGUGGGGGUGCUAGUGGCGGCAGUGGAGGCGGAGGUGGCGGCGGCGGUGGCGGGUGGGAGCGAAGGUGGCGGAGGCGGUGGCGGUGGAGGAGGAGGCGGGGGUGGCGGUGGUGGAGGGUGGUCGGAGGCCUAA